AUGGAAAAACCAAAGCGAAUAGAAAAGUCAAAAGAUGGUGUGCCGAUAUGGGAUGGAGAUUCGGCAACGUUCCAAGAAUAUGAAGAAGCCUCGCUUCUUUGGGAGCAAGGCAUAGCCAGCCACAAGAGGUACGUUUGUGCCCCUAGGUUGGUCUCAGAGUUGACAGGGACGGCCAAGCGCUACGUGCUUGGCAAGCGCCCCGACUGGGUGUCCUUCAAUGGUGGCGUCGAGAAGCUGAUGGGCCACCUCAGGAACCGCUUGGGUCUGCCACAGAUCCCAGAACUGACCGACUACCUUACAAGGUUCUUCAAACAGGGCAAGCGUCGACGUGGUGAGACAAUGAAUGAGUACAUCACGCGCAAGACAGAGACCUACACUAGAGCCCAGCAGGCCUUGGGUAGGGUCUUGAAAGCCUAUGGCGAAGAUACUAUGAGGUGGUCGGGCUCUAUGGCACGAUCAAGUACGAGGGCAAAUACAUGGCGAGGCGCGGCCACCGAGUCUGCCCCGCCCUCACAGGCGGGAGUCCCAGACGAAGAAGCUGAGGCCCCGGAGGAACCAGAACCAGAUGAUCCAUGGGCUCAAGCCUCAAGUCAGGGCCAAUCUGGCUGGUGGUCAGGAGGUUGGCGAGAUCAAUGGUGGGGAUCGCAAUGGUCAGGGCCUGCAGAUGAUCAGGCCGAUUGGGCGAUGGAUGCACCUGAGAUCCUUCCUGACAUGAUACAAGGAUGGUAUCUCCUCAGCGAUGCAGGCCUCGACACCGGAGAGCGCAACAUGAUCUUGGCCUCCAUCAAGCAGGACUUCAGCUUUGACCGGGUUGCACAAGAGCUACGCAACCAAUGGUCGGAUGAUGACUUGAAGCGCCGAGAUCAAUCAGGCCGCCAUAGCAGCUGGUGGAUAGAUGAUGAACUCCAGUCAGAUGACGGAGAAGAUGUGGCCAUGGUGAUCACGGAGGACUUGAAUGAAGAGGGCCAGGCUCUCAUGGCUUCAGCUCAGGCCGAGGCCGAGGCCGCUUUAGCGGCAGUUCAACAAGGACGGCGAACCCUCAGAGAAGCCCGAGAAAAGCAACAACAGGUGCGUCUGUCCAGGAGGUACUUCCGUACCAACAAGGGCAACUCCAAGGGCGAUGGCAAGGGCAAGAAUUCCUCUUCGAGCUCUACUUGUCUGCGCUGCGGUGGAGAUCAUCGCACUGCCAACUGUCCCCGUGGGAGCGGCCUGGCAGCCUCAGCUGAUCCCAAAGAUCAGUCAGCACCCUUUGUUUGCUUUGCGGAGGACGACCAGCUGGAGUAUGUCAUGGGCAACUUUCCUGCGGAGCCGGAGGUGAACCCCAUUUGUGCGGCAGUUCCACCCUCCACACCGGAAGUUGUCGAGCAAGGCAAAGCUGUGUUGGAUGGAGGUGCAACUCGCACGAUUGGAUCCGUCCAUGCUUUGGAAAAGUUGAUGGAGAUCAACCAGCAGAUGUCUGGCCACAAUGGUUUGCAUCACCUCAAUACUGAGGACCGCCCAACCUUUGGCUUUGGAAACUCUACGAGAAACCAGUGUGUCUCCACAGCCGCCUUCCAGAUCCACGCUGAUGGACGAAUGGGGCAGCUUCAGAUCCAUGCAUUGGAUCAUGGUGAUGGACCAGUUCUUUUCAGCAUUGCUUCACUGAGAGCGCUAGGUGCCGUAGUAGAUUUUAGUGAAGACUUGGUAGUGUUUCGCAAGCUGAGUGAUCGAAAGGUCAUCCAGCUCGAGCGCUCGAGCACGGGUCACCAGCUUUUGCCGUUAGCUACUGACUGGUAUGAAGGUGCAGCGGAGGACUACAUCCAGGAGCUCCUGGCCCUGGGAGAAGCUCCACCACCGAAGUGGUCCGUUCCAGAGCUUCGCACCCGGCUGCUCGAGUUGAAGGAGGAGAAGGGCCUUCCGUUGCGGCAGAGCAAGCCCCAGACGGUCUUCCGGUCUUGGGUGGUCAACAUGAACAAGUGCCGCAAGAAGGCGGACCUGAUCAACUUCCUCAAGGCCAACUUUCAGACCCCAUUGUCUGGGAACGAAACCAUGGAGCAGUUGCAGAAGGUGGGCAUUCGCCACAUUUACGAGGCAACCGCCCCUCAGGCCGAGGACCCAGUGGGGUUUGGACUCCAUUGUGCACUGAGCUACGAGGAGCUGUACAUGCACCACCCCGACUAUGUCAACUGGAUCAAGAAGACUGCCGCAGAGGGUCAGGCAGACUAUCGUCUCAUGCGGUUGGCCCGCUGGAUCGAGGCCAUGGACCAACAGUUGAAGGCCGAAAUGCCGAAGGAGACCAAGGCUCCUUUGACUGGCCGCACCAUGAAACAGGGCUCCAAGCCGGCGCGCUCAAGCGCAUCCAUCUCCAGCUCCAGUGUGAACGAGGAGCUCCUGAUGUUGGUGCGCAAUCUACAGGAGGAUGUGGCCGCUCUGAAGGAAGAGCGCCCUCGGAAGAAGGUCGAGCCAGCCGACGAGAACAUGUCCAACCACUCCUUCGUGGUGAUGCCGUUAAUCGUGCAUCGAAAAGCGAGAUGUCCGCCAAACGGUGACGGAAAGAGCUAUCAGUUUCUGCUGGUAAUAGAUGAGGGCUCAAGGUUCCGCAUAGGUCGUGUUUUGGGCGAGGGUCGAAAGUACCAUGUAGGUGCGUCCCAGUUUUUAGAGACUCUCCAAGAGUGCUGGUGCCAGUAUUUUGGGCUGCCAGACACCUUGAGAUUAGAUCCCGAUGGCACCUUCCGCAGCAAAGCUGUGGAGGAAUACUGUGAUCGCCACCAGGUUUUCCUGGACAUGAUCCCUGGAGAAGCGCACUGGAAGUUGGGAAUAUGCGAGAAUGCCAUCAAGGGUGUGAAAGAACUUAUGACUCGAGUGGCUUUAGAGUCACCGGACGUCACCACCAAAGAUGCCCUGUCGGAAGCCACCAGGGCGUUCAACAACCGAGAGAUGAUCCGGGGUUUUAGCCCACUGCAACAUGCCUUGGGUCGUGCCCCUGAUCCUACUGGUAGGAUUUUUCCACGAGCUGGUUCAGAAUGCCCGGAAUUGUUGAUGGAGAACGCCACAGGGGAGUUCAGCCGAAACCUACAACGCAUGAAAGCUGCUGAACAGGCCUUUCUAGACUGGACAGCUCACCAGAGAAUUUCCAGAGCCUCUCACUCAAAAGGCAGAACCCUUAUCGACUAUCAACCUGGUGACUUGGUCUACAUCUGGCGACAACAAGUGAGUGGACAGUCCACCGCUAAGGGAGGAGCCUUUGUAGGUCCAGCCCGAGUGUUGGCUCUGGAGCAUCACAUCUCCAAGGAUGGCAUCCGCAAGUCAGGCAGUUCCGUCUGGUGUGUCAGGGGCCGUCGACUCUGGAAAUGUAGCCUGGAACAGCUUAGGAUGGCUUCAGAAAAAGAAGUGUUGUUGCAUGAACUUCACGGCCCACAACCAGAGUCCUGGGACUUUCAUAGAAUCGCAGAACAACUGGGAGGUAAUGAAUACCUGGACCUCUCGAAGGAAAUUCCCACGGAUAUGGAGUGGGAAGCUGGUCAUGAACAGCCAACCAUUCCCUGGAAACCAACACACCGAUAUGCUGGUAAACGAGGUCCAUCGCCUGUCCGGCUGGAACCAGGCACCAUGGAGAUGCAGUAUGAGACGGCAACAACCUCUGGCCGACACGCCAGAUCUCGUAGUCCCAAGCCUUCUCACCAAGCCACACCAGCACCUUCUGUGGAAGACAGCUUCUGCACAGGGGAGCACUGGUAUGAUGGAGUUCAAGAGGCCUUCACUGCGAGUGUCACGGAGUGUGCCUAUUGGACCACUCCUAGUGCUGCUGUGGAGGUAAUGAUGGAUAUGCCCACAACCAGAGCCGGAUCAGAACGAGCGCUUAGUGACUUUCCGGCCUUCUUUGUCAACAACUUCAAAAGAAGAGCUGCCAUCGAGGUGUGCGAACGCCAUCUGUCUCCAGAGGAAAAGACCCAGUUUCAAGCAGCGAAGGCGAUUGAGGUUUCAAACUUCUUGGCCGCCAAAGCUUUUGAGGCACUGCCUGAGCACCUGAAACCAUCAGCCUCACAGGCGAUCCGGAUGCGCUGGAUCCUUACCUGGAAAUACAAGGAGGAUGGUAGUAAGAAAGCCAAGUCAAGGGCAGUGCUCCUGGGGUACCAGGAUCCCUGCUAUGAACAACGUGCCACCAAUUCGCCCACUACGACUCGGCAGACCAGACAGUUGCAACUCCAACUUGCUGCUUCACUGAGGUUUCGAAUGUACAAAGGCGAUGUCACAGGUGCUUUCUUACAGUCCAGGCCGUAUCCUGGAGAGCUGUACUGCAUCCCAGCCCCAGAAAUUUGUGAGGCUAUGGGAUUGCCCCCGGAGUCCAUCACGAAAGUAAGAAAAGCUUGCUAUGGCCUGGUGGACGCUCCACUUGAAUGGUACCGAUCGAUUUGUGAGUGCUUCGAAAGACUUGGCCUCAAGAGAAUUGUCUUGGGAGUAGCGUCACAACGCAUGAGCCAUGGCGAAUGCGUGGAUGUGACACUGGUGUCAUGGCACUCUCAGAAAAUAGAGAGACGAUGCCGGAGUCCUGGCGCUGCUGAGGCGCUUGCUGCAGUGAACGGAGAGGACUCUCUCUACUAUGGGAGAUUCCAAUUGGCUGAGAUGUUGGGAUACCCAGUUUGCGUCAAGGACAUAGACAACACAGUCAACCAGAUCAUGGGCACCUUGGUGACUGACUCCAGGAAUGUCUAUGACAAGAUGGAAACAGAGGCCCUAAGCAUCAAAGGUGCAGAGAAAAGAACUGACUUGGAGCUGCUCGCUUUGAAGGAAUCCCAGCUGCGGAACCGAGUCCAUAUACGAUGGGUUCAUGGAGAAGCUCAGUUGUCAAACGGAUUGACAAAAGGAAGUGAAUAUAAACAGCUGGAACUUUUUUACAGCGUGAACCAAAAGUGGAGGAUCGUAGAAGACGUGGAGCGUGCUUCCGCUCGUCGCCGAAAAGCUCUGGGGCUGAGUCCUUUGGAACCACGAGAAGAGAAAACACCUGACCUCCCUGAAAAAGAGUGA